CAGACUCCUUCAGAAGAGGUUACAAAGCUUGAUCACUUUCACUCAACCUGACUUUAAUUGUGUGACAUCCCACCUGAACACAACCUUUUGGAAUUCAGCAUGAUGGUGUCAGUGUUCCUUCUUGUGCUCAUUUCAAUACCUACGAUCGUGGCACGAACUAGAGCCACGCCACACACGGUAAAAGAAAUCGUGGCACAACCACUUCCUGAGGACUGUGAUGAUGUCUUCAGAAAUGGCUCCACACACAGUGGGGUGUACACUGUCUAUCCUCGAGGGUACAACCAGGCUGUCCAGGUGUACUGUGAGAUGGACUGUGAGAAUGAUGAGCACAAAGGAGCAUGGACAGUGCUGCAGAGGAGAAUGGAUGGCUCUGUGAACUUCUACCAACCCUGGAAACAGUACCAGACAGGCUUUGGAAAUAUUUCUGGAGAACACUGGCUGGGACUGGAUCACAUCUUUGCUUUUAGUUGGCAAAAGAAGUACAUGUUGAUGGUGGAAAUGGCAGAUUUUGAGGGAGGAAGAGUCCAUGCCUGCUACGACUCCUUCUCUAUCGAUCCUGAGUCUGAUGGAUACAGGCUGCAUAUUGGCAAAUACAUAGAUGGAGGUGCAGGUGAUGAUCUGAUAGCUUCCAACGGGAGAACAUUUUCCACAUUUGACUUUGGAGAUUAUCGUUAUAAUGCUGAAAGAUAUAAUGGAGGAUUCUGGUUCACCUACCAUGUUUACGCAAACCCCAAUGGCUUGUACAAAUGGGGACGUCACUCAUACCGAGAUACAGGUGUCAUAUGGCGCUUUUGGAAAGGGUCCUCUUACUCUAUGAAAAGCAUCACCAUGAAGAUCAAACCUCUGUCUCUGGAAGACAUACGCUCCUCCAACCCCAUCCACAUUCAUAACUAAUCUCAAUGGGUCCAACUAUGGCUUUGUCAUGAAGAUUAUUGCAUGGGAGUCCUUACUGUGGUAAUUUUAGGAUAUCAAAUGAAGAUGAUUAACAUGAUUUGAUGAUUUAAUUUCUCUCCUUUUCAUAAUUACACUCACCAAGGCCACUCUUGCCUUGGCUUCUGUGUUUGUAAUCACCUGAUCACCAGCUUCCAAAUAAACAUGAUCCUGAUA